AUGGGAGGCAACCAGACAUGGAUCACAGAAGUCACCCUGCUGGGAUUCCAGGCUGACCCAGCACUGGAGUUUUUCCUCUUUGGACUUUUCUCUCUCUUCUAUACCCUUACCCUUUUGGAAAAUGGAGUCAUUCUGGGGCUUAUCUGCUUAGACUCAAGACUUCACACCCCCAUGUACUUCUUCCUCUCACACUUGGCCAUCAUUGGCACGUCCUGUGCUUCCAACAAUGUCCCCAAGAUGCUGGCAAAUCUUGUGAGUCAGAAAAGAACCAUUUUCUUUGUUCCCUGCAUUAUGCAGACAUUUUUAUAUCUAGCCUUUGCUCACACAGAGUGCCCGAUUUUGGUGGUGAUGUCUUAUGACAAGUAUGUGGCCAUCUGUCACCCCCUACAUUACAUUGUCACCAUGAGCUGGAGAGUGUGCAUUGUCCUGGCCACCACAUCCUGGGUGUUAAGCUUCCUCUUGGCUCUGGUCCAUUUAGUUCUCUUUCUGAGACUGCCCUUCUGUGGGCUUCAUGGAAUCGACCACUUCCGUGAAAUCCUGUCUGUCCUCAAGCUGGCCUGUGCUGACACUAGGCUGAACCAAGUUGUCAUCUUCUCGGCCUGUGUUUUUAUCUUACCGGGGCCCCUCUGCUUGGUGCUGGUCUCCUACACAUGCAUCCUGAGGAUCCAGCCAGGUGAGGGCCGCAGAAAGGCCUUCUCCACCUGCUCCUCCCGCCUCUGCGUGGUCGGGCUUUCCUUUGGCAGCGCCAUCGUCAUGUACAACCCCAAACCCAGCCGCCCUGAGGAGCAGCAGAAGAUCCUUUCCCUGUUUUACAGUCUUUUCAACCCUAUGCUGAACCCGCUGAUCUACAGCCUGAGGAACACAGAGGUCAAGGGUGCCCUGCGGAGAGCGCUGUGGAAGGACAGGCCAAUGUGA